GGGUCGGUCGCCAGCGCCGACCGUGGACGGCAGGUGUGUGAGGCGUGCCGGGCCGUGAACCCGGCGGCACGGCACCUGCGCCGACCAGUCACAGAGAGAGCGCCGACUGCCGUGUCCGCGCCGCUGCUCCAUCGAGCCGGGUGGCUAGUGGUGUCGCCAGCGACAGUGAACCCUAGCGAGUGCCGCGCCCGUGUCUCAGAGUGUGUGUUUGAGGGUCAGAGUGAGCCGUACCCGCUCGGUCGCCGGUCUGACCGGUGUGUUUCCGUCGCCCUCGCUGUGUUGGGCGGCUGGUCGGUUCCGGUCCACUGCCCGUCCGCCGGCCGGUUGGUCGUGCCGCUCUGCGCGGCGGUUCAGCCGGCGAGGACGCGGCCCGGCGCGGCGGCCCGCGGCGCGACUCUCGGCGCCGGAUGCCCCCCGCCCUCGGCUGACUUCCGGCCACACUUCCGGCACGCGCGAUGCCGCUGUUUAACCGUCCGCGGCGGCGCGGCGACGCCGACAGCCCUGUGAACGGCCGCUCGGGCUCGGACGGCGGCAGCAGCUCGGGCGGCAGCCCCGGUCCCGGCCAGGAGCGCCGGCCCGAGUCGCCGGCGCGGCCCAAACUCGUGUUCCACUGCCAGCUGGCGCACGGCAGUCCCACCGGCAUCAUCUCCGGCUUCACCAAUGUCAAGGAGCUCUACCAGAAGAUCGCCGACUGCUACGACUUGCCUGUGUCAGAGGUACUAUUCUGCACAUUGAACACGCACAAGCUGGACAUGGCCAAACUUCUCGGAGGGCAGAUCGGCCUGGAGGAUUUCAUAUUCGCACAUAGAAAAGGUCAGGCCAAGGAGAUUGAGAUUGUGAAGACGGAGCAGGCGCUGGGUCUGACGAUCACCGACAACGGCGCUGGCUACGCCUUCAUCAAGCGCAUCAAGGAGGGCAGCGUCAUCUCACGGAUACCGCACGUUCAGGUGGGCGACCACAUUGAGAAGAUCAACGGCGUCAGUCUGGUGGGCAGCCGGCACUACGAGGUAGCCAAGAUGCUCAAGGAGAUCCCCGUGGACCAGGCGUUCGUGCUGCGGGUCGUGGAGCCGCUCAAGGCCGGGUUCGCCAACAUCGGACCGCGCACGGACCCACGGGCGGGGAAGAAGGCCGGCUACGGGUCCGGCAAGGCCACCCUCCGAUUGCGGGCCAACGGUCAAGCGCGCGUCGAGGAGGCGCCCUGUGGGAUGGUGGAGGCGGCUACCAACAAGAUCAACACACUCCUGGAGAGCUUCCUCGGCAUCAACGACUCGGAGCUCGCGACUCAGAUCUGGGAGCUGGGCGAGAACAAGGAGAACACGAUGGAUUUUGCCGAGGCCAUCGACAGCUCGGACCUGGAGGCGUUUGGCUUCACCGACGACUUUGUCAUCGAGCUGUGGGGCGCCAUCACAGACGUCAAGGCCGGCAGGGUCAAAUGACCACCGAGGCGCCCUGUGGAGUGACGUGAGGACGUCAGGUGACCCGGGCUGACCUCGGGCGAGCGUCAGGUGGCCUCCGAGUGGAGUGUGGCUGUUUGUGAGUGGUCCAUGAGGACUUGGUGUCUCGGUUAGGACGUGGUCGCUGUUCGAGACGGGACUCCAGAACAGAGGCACCUCUAAAGGCAACAUUGCGUGCUUCAAUUUAUGACACGCUGGCGCGAUGCUUCGAUUGGAAGGCCAUCUAGUAGAACUGUGAAGCAUUUCAAUCGCAGUGCAGUUAGAUAAGAAAUGCAGGUGCCUCUACACAACGGAGACACAACUGAGCCAACGGAGUCCAGGCACGCCAGGAGUGACAGUGCGAUAGACAUGACAACUUCAACUGACCAGAAUCCAUGUCACCGGCAGAGGAAAACACAGCGAUUGCGAGUGUUACGUUCCGAGACCCCAACAAGUCUCUGCCGCUCCGAAACGUGAAUCAUUCACUGAUGACUCACCGUGCACAUACUUUGGCACGAACAUAUGUGAGCGGUGUGUGAAUGUCCACACCUGUACAUCCACGUGCGGGGCAGAUCUAAACGUCCACUGAAUGCGGUCGGAUGCGGCAGAAUGAGACAAAAAGUAUGUUAGUGUGUGAUGGAUUGGUGAAGAAUCGGGAGACUUGUCUCGUGUGCCGGGGGUUGACAUUCCACUGGAAGGAGGUGGCCGUGAGCUGGGUGAGAGUCGCCACAUUCCACUGUGGAAUAUUUGUAGCGGGGAUCCCGACAUUCCAUUGUGGAAUGGCGUGGGCUCGAGUGUGGGGCGAGGACUGGCAUUCCACUGUGGAAUUAGAUGGAUGUGUGUGGGGGCGGGAACUGUGACAUUCCACUGUGGAAUUAGAUGGACGUGUGUGGGGGGCGGGAACUGUGACAUUCCACUGUGGAAUGGGGUGUACAGACUGGUGAUGAACGAUGGGCACUUUUGUAGCUAGACCCGGUGUGACCACGACCACAUCGUACCUAUAUGCCAGAAAUACAUCCGACCACAUAAA